GGGAUUUGGAAGGAAGGGUAUGGGGAACUGGAAAACUACACAUGGGGGAGGAAGAGGAGGAAGAAACUAAAGAGUUCGAGACUGGAAGACAGGAGUCUCCCUGAAGAAGAAAGCAAAGAAGGGACAAGCGGAGGAGGAGAGGAGGAGGAGGACGGGAGGAGGAAUGGAUGAUCUGUGCAGCCUCAGCGGUCUGGAUGCGCUCUGGGACUGGAACCUGACGUGGUACACCCCUCACCCAGACCUGACCCAGUGUUUCCAGCACACUGUUCUGGUGUGGUUCCCCUGUCUGUACCUCUGGCUGUGUGCCCCCCUGUACGUCCUGUUCCUCUGGUUCAGAGAUCAUGGACGGAUCUCCAUGUCCAGCCUCUGCUGUGCCAAGAUGGUCUUGGGCAUGUGCCUGGCCUCGUUCGGCCUCCUGGAGGUCUUCUACCUGCUGGUGAAGAGGCACCAGGAGAUCCAGCAGCACAUGGUCUUCCUCCUCAGCCCUGUCAUACGCAGCCUCACCAUGCUCCUGGCCGUGUGUGUGAUCCAGUUGGAGAGGUUGAGGGGUGUCCGUUCGUCCAUCCUCCUCUUCCUCUUCUGGACCCUGGCUGUGGUCUGCUCCCUCGUUCCCCUCAGGGCCAACAUCCAGCAGAUCAUCGAUGAGGGUUUCUCGGCGGACGCCAUGCGCUUCGUGGCUUUCUUCGUGUGCUUCUCCCUCCAGCUGACGCAGAUGAUCCUCUGCUGCUUCUCUGACCAGCGGCCUAUCACAGCCAAGCGCACGCACAUCCAGAACCCGUGUCCUGAAGAGGACGCCUCCUUCCUCUCCCAGUUCUUCUUCUGGUGGUUUAGUGGGCUGGUGAUGCGGGGCUAUCGUUCUCCCCUGCAGACGGAGGACCUGUGGUCCCUGAGAGAGAGGGACAGCUCAGAGAGGAUCAUCUCUGACCUGGAGAGGGAGUGGGCCCGCCAGUGUGCCAACCUGCAGCAGAAGGAGCGCAGCGCGGGGGGUUCGGGGGCUCCCAGGCUGACGGAGCAGACCCAGCUGCUGACCAAGCUGCGGCGGGAGCAGAGCUCCGGGGCGUGCCUCCUCCGCACGCUGGCCCAGAGCUUCGGCCCCUACUUCCUGACCGGCACCCUCUGCCUCGUCAUCCACGACGCCUUCAUGUUCGCCCUGCCACAGGUGCUCAGUCUGCUGCUGGGCUUCAUGCGAGAUGAGGACGCCCCCUUGUGGAAGGGCUACAUGUACGCCUUCCUCAUGUUCCUGCUGUCCAGCCUGCAGUCGCUGUUCAACCACCAGUACUUGUACUGCUGCUUCACCGUGGGGAUGAGGGUGAAGACUGCCGUCAUGGGCCUGGUCUACAGGAAGUCUUUAGUGAUUAACAGUGCUGCGCGGCGUUCCUGCACGGUGGGCGAGAUCGUUAACCUGGUGUCCGCCGACACUCAGAAGCUCAUGGACUUUGUCGUUUACUUCAACGCCGUGUGGGUCGCUCCCAUCGAGAUUGGCCUCUGCCUCUUCUUCCUGUGGCAGCGUCUGGGCCCCUCCGCAUUGGCUGGCAUCGCCACGGUGAUCCUCAUCUUUCCCCUCAACGGCCUUAUCGCCAAAAUGAGAAGCAAGCUGCAGGAGGUUCAGAUGAAGUUCCUGGACGGCCGGAUCAAGCUGAUGAACGAGAUCCUGGGGGGGAUCAAGAUCCUGAAGUUCUACGCCUGGGAGCGGGCCUUCCUGGAGCGGGUGGAGGGCCUCCGGGAGAAAGAGCUGGAGGCCCUGAAGAGAUCCCAGGUCCUCUACUCCAUCUCCAUCGCCUCCUUCAACUCCUCCUCCUUCCUGAUUGCGUUCGCCAUGUUCGGAGUCUACGUGUUGAUCGACGACAAAAACGUCCUGGACGCCCAGAAGGUCUUUGUUUCCAUGGCGCUGAUCAACAUCCUGAAGACCCCGCUGAGUCAGCUGCCCUUCGCCAUGAGCACCACCAUGCAGGCCCUCGUCUCUCUGAAGCGCCUGGGAAAGUUCCUGUGCCAGGACGAGCUCAAGCCUGACAGUGUGGAGAGAGCCCCCUACAGCCCUGACGGCGACGGCGUGGUGAUAGACGGCGGCACCUUUGCGUGGGCCCGGGAGGGCCCGCCGAGUCUGCGGAGGAUCACCGUGCGGGUGAAGAGGGGCUCCCUGGUGGCCGUGGUGGGCCACGUGGGCUCGGGGAAGUCCUCGCUGCUGUCCGCCAUGCUGGGGGAGAUGGAGAAGAGGAGCGGCUCCGUCUGCGUCAAGGGCUCGGUAGCCUAUGUCCCCCAGCAGGCCUGGAUCCAGAACGCCACUCUGAAAGACAACAUCCUGUUUGGCCAGGAGAGGAAGGAGAGCUGGUAUCACAGGGUGGUGGAGGCCUGCGCCCUGCUGCCAGACCUGGACAUCUUGCCCGCUGGAGACGGCACCGAGAUCGGGGAGAAGGGUCUAAACCUGUCAGGGGGCCAGAAGCAGAGGGUGAGCCUGGCCCGGGCCGUCUUCAGGAAGGCGGACGUCUACCUGCUGGACGACCCCCUCUCCGCCGUGGACGCCCACGUGGGCCAGCACAUCUUCGACAGGGUGGUGGGGCCCAAGGGCGUGCUCAAAGACAAGACUCGUGUGCUGGUGACCCACGGCCUGGGCUACCUGCCCCAGGCCGACCUGAUCCUGGUGAUGGUGGAGGGAGAGAUCACAGAGAUGGGCUCCUACCUGGAGCUGAUGGGGAGGAAGGGGGCGUUUGCCGAGUUCAUCCGGGUCUUUGCCGGCACAGAGCGCAGAGAGAGCUCCACGCACAAGGGAAAGCGCAAGUCGGUCUCUUCUCGCCUCAGCAUGACAGACUUCUCCAUCGAUCUCUCUAAGGAGCAGCUCAUCAGCUGUGACAUGAGCAGUGCCAGUAUCCAGGCCAUGGAAGCCAUCUCUGACCUGGACCAGCAGCAGGACUCCGAGGACCUGGGAAAGCUCACGGAGGCUGACAAGGCCAACACCGGGAGGGUGAAGUUAGAGAUGUACUCUGAGUACUUCAAGACGAUUGGCUUAGCCUUCAUCAUCCCCAUCGUCCUCCUCUACGCCUUCCAGCAGGGCGCCUCCCUCGCCUACAACUAUUGGCUGAGCCUCUGGGCUGACGACCCCAUCGUCAACGGCACCCAGAUCGACACCGACCUCAAGCUGGGCGUGUUUGGAGCGCUGGGAUUUGCUCAAGGCAUAGCCGUGUUCGGCACCACGGUGGCCAUCUCCCUGGGGGGCAUCAUCGCCUCGCGCCACCUCCACACGGACCUCCUCAACAACGUCCUCCACUCGCCCAUGUCCUUCUUCGAGUGCACGCCCAGCGGCAACCUCCUCAACCGCUUCGCCAAGGAGAUCGACGCCAUCGACUGCAUGAUCCCCGACGGGCUCAAAAUGAUGCUGGGGUACGUCUUCAAGCUGCUGGAGGUGUGCAUCAUCGUCCUCAUGGCCACGCCCUUCGCCAGCGUGGUGCUCCUGCCCCUCGCCCUGCUGUACAUGUUCGUGCAGAGUUUCUACGUGGCCACGUCCUGCCAGCUGCGUCGGCUGGAGGCCGUGAGCCGCUCGCCCAUCUACAGCCACUUCAACGAGACGGCGCAGGGCGUGAGCGUGGUCCGGGCCUUCGGGGAGCAGCCUCGCUUCGUCCUGCAAGCCAACCGGCGCAUCGACCUCAACCAGACGUCCUACUUCCCCCGCUUUGUGGCCACCAGGUGGCUGGCAGUGAACCUGGAGUUUCUGGGGAAUCUGCUGGUACUGGCAGCGGCCAUCUUGUCAGUGCGGGGCAGAGCGUACCUGAGUCCAGGCAUCGUGGGGCUGGCCGUGUCCCACUCUCUGCAGGUGACGGGCAUCCUGAGCUGGAUCGUUCGAGCCUGGACAGACGUGGAGAACAACAUUGUGUCCGUGGAGAGGGUGAAGGAGUACGCAGAAACUGCUAAAGAGGCUCCCUGGAACGUGGACGGGAGCCCGCUCCCUCUGGCCUGGCCCUCCACUGGAACCAUCCGGAUCGAGGAUUACGGGCUGCAGUACCGCAAGGGCCUGGACUGGGCCCUCGAAGGCAUCUCCCUCGACAUUCAGGAGAGAGAGAAGGUGGGCAUCGUGGGACGGACCGGAGCUGGGAAGUCUUCUCUGGCCUUGGGGAUUUUCCGCAUCCUGGAGGCGGCGAAGGGAGAGAUCUACAUCGACGGGAUCAACAUCGCUCACAUCGGCCUCCAUGACCUCCGAUCCAGGAUCACCAUCAUCCCCCAGGACCCCAUGCUGUUCUCUGGGUCUCUGAGGAUGAACCUGGACCCCUUCGACAGCUACACGGACGAGGAGGUGUGGAGAUCCCUGGAGCUCGCCCACCUCAAGAGCUUUGUGUGCGGCCUGCCAGACAAGCUGAGCCACGAGUGCUCCGAGGGAGGAGAGAACCUCAGUCUGGGCCAGCGCCAGCUGGUGUGCCUAGCCCGAGCCCUCCUAAGGAAGACCAAGAUCCUGGUCCUGGACGAGGCCACAGCUGCUGUGGACCUGGAGAUGGACAACCUGAUCCAGUCCACCAUCCGCACCCAGUUUGAGGACUGCACUGUCCUGACCAUCGCUCACAGACUCAACACCAUCAUGGACUACACCAGGGUGAUUGUGAUGGACAGAGGGUUCGUCGCAGAGAUGGAUUCCCCCUCCAACCUCAUCUCCCAACGUGGCCAGUUCUAUCGCAUGUGCCUGGAGGCCGGCCUGGUGUGAGCUCUUCCCAGACAUGAGGCUCCAGGGUCGGGCAAACCCAGCGGCAGACACCCUUCCUCCUCUGGAGGACCACGUGGGAACUGGACAGCCAAGCUAGAAGAACCAUGAGAGCACUAGAGACUCAGAAUGACUAGAAUCGAAUUAACGUGCAUUGUUCUGCCACAGGCGGGACGACCAGACGACUGUGGACUGUGUCUAACCUGGUGAUAGAGAAGCAGAGGACACAGACAGGCAGAACGGGAAGGUUUCAUCGGAACUUUGACUUGAACUUGAUUAGACGCUCGUUGCGUUGCGUGGAGACGCACGCAUCGCGGGAGUGAGACGGCACACACAGGGCUUACUGAAGCCAGAGGGAUCCUUCCACACACGUCCUCGCACACAAGCCCCUUGUCUCUCUUUGCCAAACGUAGCUUUCCACCCACAAGGUCUGACAAACACUCUGUCUUUCCACAUGGUGUUGACCGUCAAACGUGCUGUAAGAUGCUAGACUGGCCCUCAUCACCCUCAUUGUCAUCACUUAGAAUGUAAAUAACCGAGAGACAUCCUAAGUAAUUGUCUUUGUUUUGUAUUCAUUUUCCGAGAUGGUGUGUAGUUUACUGAGAGUUGUGGUAAGAAAACUGUUCCCUAUUUUUCAAACGUCUGUCGAGAAAAGUAAUGCUAUGAGACUAUAAAACGACGAUAAGCUAAAAAGACAACUUUAUUUAUUAAAGUACAACAUUUUAAAAAGAGGACAAAAUAUCUAACAAAGAAUCUAACAAGAAUCUGUAAUGUCUGUGUACACGUUUUGUGGCACUUAAAUUUGUUACGUUCUUUGGAACAUUAAACCAAAUCGGAACGUUUACAUGGUGUGUAGUGGUCUGUUUUCAAAACUGCAUAUACAAUAACUGAAAGGUUUACCUCUCAAAAAAAAAAGGAAUUGUCUGGAUGAUCACAGUAAAAUAAAACACUUUAGGCUUCAAACAGAUGUGCUGACUUCACAGAUACAACAUUGUCCACUCAGAUCUUUGGCAACUUUCAACUCACUCUACAUUAUCACUUGCAUUCCACAUCUUAUCAUCUCUCUACUUGCAAAAUUAUAUUUGUUGCUUAAAUAAAGAGAUAAAUGCAGGGAAGAGACUGGUCAAACUAAACCUCAAUGAUUCUCUACAGUAAGUUUAAUUAUACUGAAGGUCCUUAAUAAUAUAAUAUGUAAGUGUAUAUAUUUGCUUUGUAUUAUUGCCAUUUAAACAACUCACAUCUGAUUUGAGACUUAAAUACUUUUUAUAUCUUUUUUUGCUAAGACAUUUUGUAUUGAUACACGAAAAUAAAUACAACAUGUUUCUAAUUAGGACUAAAUCAAUGGAACAGAAUAAUUUAUUAUUAAAUAAAACAGUAUUGACUCUGCCCAUGCAUACGAUUGAAAUAAUGUUCACUGUUUUGAAACAAAUGUUUUUGUGAACUUGAAUAAAGACAGACUGAUUGGUUUUCAGUUGUUUCUAAGCAAAUGUAUUAUGAAUUGAUGAUAAAUGCAUCUUAUGCACAGGAUCAAUAUGCCCACAAAACGAAAAUGAAUAAUAAUACAAACUGUUAAACAUCCAAAACUGCCAAGAAAACAUUUGAUCUGCGUUUUUGCUUUUUAUGUCUUUAAAAGGUUUGUGUAGUUAAAACAGCACCUUUAUCCCUUUGUCCUUAAAAAAAAAGAAAAUAAAAAACGUUUUUAAUAACCUUUCAACCAGAUUUACACUUUUAGCCUUUUAGCUUGUGAUCUUUUUAUCUUUAUUAUCCCUGUUAGACUUUUGUCUUUUUACUUGGCUAGAUACACUUUACACACGAGGGUUAAAGUUAGGGUGAGACCUGCUGCUGUUCAGCCUCUCCACAGUCUCCUGCUAUCUUGCGGUCUCUUCAUCCCUGAUCACUAUCUUGCGGUCUCUUCAUCCCUGAUCACUAUCUUGCGGUCUCUUCAUCCCUGAUCACUAUCUUGCGGUCUCUUCAUCCCUGAUCACUAUCUUACGGUCUCUUCAUCCCUGAUCACUAUCUUGCGGUCUCUUCAUCCCUGAUCACUAUCUUGCGGUCUCUCCAUCCCUGAUCACUAUCUUACGGUCUCUUCAUCCCUGAUCACUAUCUUGCGGUCUCUUCAUCCCUGAUCAGGUCAUCACUGAUCCACUGACACCUUGCUGGGGCUGUUACAGGCAAGUUUGACACCUUUUCUCUUCUUCCAGAUGUUCCCAUGGCGACCAUGUCCUGGUGCUGUCCCCUAGGUAUCCCAUAAUAACACUGACUCUCUAACAGGUUUUGUUACAGAGUAAACACCUAAACUCCUUGGUUAUUAGGGUAACUUCAGUAUUAUUAUCCUAAUCUAUUAAUGUACCCCUAGUUAUACCCAUGUUAUGGCUCUCAUUGUCUUUGGACCUUGUAACAAUUUUGAGUAAUCAUUUUGAUGAUUUGGAAAUCCUGUGACCCACAGAUAUCUCUCUCAACCCUGAAGAUUGUUAGAUGUUUCUACUACACAUGAAUGUCCCUGCUUUUCCAGGCAUGUGGCGCAACAUCUUCCUCUUAACAUUUGUAGUACUGAGUGCAGUAGGCUACUUAGCUGGAAAAGUCCCAUAGACACUGCAGCAAAUACUGUCAAAUUAAACUGUGUUUCUUUAUAAACGUAUAACCCUGGACAUAGGAGGGUAUUAAGGAGUUUAUUUUGUCAAGACACACUUUGAAACAAUUAAAUGUCCUUUUUUUAUUCUUUUCAAGUUUCUCUUCACAAUUCAAUAUAUUAUCACAGAAGAAAUACUAGAGAAUCAAAACGCUGGUUACUGAAAUCAAGACAAACUGUCCUCCAGUCUUUCUCCCACAGACAGAAGCAGCACAAAAUAAUACUCAGGCUUGGAUUCUUCCAGAAUAUGUACUUUGAAGCGAGAUCGGUUACGUGUUUGAGUUCCAGAAGCUCACAUUUUGGCAUGCUAGUUUACUCACAGGCACACUUGCCCACACCACACUGUCAACCUUUUCUCACCAGUGUGCAUCAAAUGAAGCUGUAAAGAGAUUCUUAUUUAGUGCAAGGCAAAAAAAAGGCAAAACAGGAUCUAUUUAAAGACUGCCAUUGUAGAGUUACUCAAUGGUUUCUCUAGUCUAUGAGCAAGCACAUCAACGUCCGACAAAGAGGAUUGUUCAAAAAGCUGCCAACCUCAUCAACAACUGCCUUUUGGUCUGGCCAAAUUGAUGACAAAA